UCGUGAAAAGUGUAUUCGCGUGCCAAUGUAAAAUGACUCCAAAAAAUAAAUAAAAAUGUCAAAAAAAAUAAUUUUUUGACAUUCACUUUUAUCAAAACUCCGUUUAGUUUAUCUCAUUUAAUAUGUAAUACUUUUUGUAAUGUUUUUAAUUACUUAGUACAUUGCUGAAAAUAUUUGCAUUGACAUGUGUAAGGUUAGAACUUUAGAUUUUGUGAAUAUGAAAAUCAGUAAAGUUAUGCAAAAUCAUGUAAAUAUUAGCAUCAGUAUGUUAAAAAUUAUAAUCAAUACUAUAAAACAAACAAUUCCAAAUCAUGUCAAAUAAUUUAGUUUACAUUUUAUUAUUUGCAUAAUUCGCAAAUGACAGUUUCGUACUGCAUGGUGUACCUGACUGCUCACCGGUUGUCAUUAACUUGUCUUGUAUACAAAUAAUUUUGUUAGUCUGUUAUUAUCAAUGCUGCCAAUUAAAUCAUGAUGAACCUCCAGAAAUUUGAGGAUGAGCAAAUAUGUUUGCAGCCACCACUACUGCAAGCUAUAUUUUUUGGUAAUAUUGAUGAGAUUCAAGCAUUAAUAACAAACCAGGAAGACAUUCACUGGCAAGAUGAUCAAAGGAGAACUUUACUGCAUGCAGCAGCAUUCAUUGGAAACCCAGAAGUGAUAGAACUGCUACUAAAAAGUGGUGCAAAGGUUAAUGCCAAAGAUGAAAGAUGGUUAACUCCUCUCCAUCGAGCAUGUGCUUCAGGAAAUGAUUUAGCAACUGAAAUUCUUUUAAAACACGGUGCAGCAGUGGAUGUAAGAGAUCGAGAUUGGCAAACUCCUUUGCAUGUAGCAGCAGCAAAUAAUUCUUUGCACUGUGUGGAUCUUAUAAUCCCUCGAUUACUUAAUAUAAAUCUUACCGAUCGCAAAGGAAGGACUGCUUGGCAUCAUGCAGCCUUUAACGGACAUAAAAAAAUGUUAAAGCUAUUGAUAAGUCAGCCACGAUGUGUAAUUGACUCUCAAGAUAAAAAAGAUCGUCGUGCUUUACAUUACGCUGCUUACAUGGGCCAUGAAGAAAUCGUAAGAACUCUUCUAAAUCAUGGAGCUAAAAUUGACGUUAAAGAUAAGGAUCUCUAUACUCCUCUUCAUGCUGCAGCGGCUGCUGGAAAUAUUGGUACUAUGGAAAUUUUGAUAGACGCUGGCGCAGACAUCGAAGCAAAAAAUGUAUACGGUAAUACUCCACUACAUGUAGCUUGUCUAAAUGGUCAUGCCAGUGCAGUACAGCUACUUAUUGAGUAUCAAGCUAACCGAGAAGCUUUCAAUUAUCGUGGUCAGACUCCUCUUCAUGUAGCAGCUGCAAGUCUCCAAGGAGUAAAUUGCCUAGAGAUUUUAUUAAAUUUCGGAGUUGACGUUAAUGUUCAAUCUCAAGAUGGUAGGACUCCCUUACACAUGACUGCAAUUCAUGGGAGAUUCACUAGAUCAAAGAGUCUGUUAGAUGCUGGAGCUUCUCCAGAUACAAGAGACAAAAAUGGGAAUACUGCACUUCAUAUUGCUGCAUGGCUCGGCCAUGAGUGUUUAACAACUACUUUAUUGGAAUGUGGAGCAUCGCCAGCAGCAAGAAAUGCGGAACAAAGAACUCCACUACAUCUGAGCUGUCUUGCAGGUCACAUAGAAGUUUGUAGAAAACUUCUUCAAGUUGACAAAAUUGAUUCUCGUGAUAUUGCUGGUAGAACGCCUUUACAUUCAGCGGCGUUUAAAGGAUCUGUUGAUUGUUUAGAUCUUUUGUUAUCUAGUGGUGCCAAUUUCAGAUUAUCAGAUAAUGAAAAUCGUUUAGCUCUUCAUUAUGCUGCUAGUCAAGGUCAUUAUUUGUGUGUUUUUACAUUGAUUGGUUAUGGAAGUGAUCCGAAUGCUAAAGAUGUGAAUGGUGCUACAUGCCUUCAUCUUGCUGCUGGUUCGUCUAAUCCUAACAAUAAAAAAGACACUAGUCAGUGUGUCAAAUAUUUAUUAGAUCAUCGAGCCGAACCUUUUAUUGGAGAUAAACGAGGAUUUACUCCUGUUCAUUACGCAGUAGCUGGUGGGAAUCAACCUGCUCUUGAAGCUCUUCUCUAUAGUUCUCUACCACCUUCAGUUUCUACUACAUCUUCAACUUCCGGAGCACAAACGUCUUCAGCAUCUACAUCUUCACCGUCUCCAUCACUUCAUCAUCGUUCUAAACUAGAUUUAAGUUCGCUAGGUGCAAACUUAACAUCUGGUUUACCAUUACUAUCAACAAUCAGCCCGACAUUUCCAACAACUUUAACCAUAAAUCCAUCGGUAGUAACUUCAACACUAGCCCCUACACUUACACCACUUCAUUUAGCUGCUUGGCAUGGUCACAAUGAAAUUAUGAGACUUCUUUUACCACUAUUUCCAAAUAUCAAUAUUAAAGAAGACUCUGGAAAAACUCCGUUAGAUUUGGCGGCUUUUAAAGGUCAUGAAAAAUGUGUUGAACUCCUUUUAAAUUGUGGUGCUUUAGUUUCCGUACAAGAUAACGUAACCAAGAGAACACCAAUUCACUGUGCUGCUGCUGGAGGACAUGAAAAAUGUCUUGAACUUCUUUUAGAAAAUAUUGAAGAUCCGUCAGUCGUUGAUAAAUAUGACAUUUAUCAUAGAACAGCAUUAAUGCUUGCUGUUGCAAAUAGACAUACAAAAUGUGCUACUUUACUUAUUUUUAUGGCAGACGUUAAUUUAUGUGAUAUUAAUAAACAUACGCCAUUAUUUAGAGCAGUUAUUGAAGACGAUUAUGAGGAAGAUUAUUUCAUGGUAAAAAUGUUGUUGGCUCGUGGUGCCAGGGUUUCUGUUCAAGAUUCGAACGGUAAAACUCCGGCUCAUUUAGCAGCUGCAUGUGGAAGAUUGAAAGCUUUAACUGAACUUCUUACUGCUGAUCCAAGUGCAAUAAAUAUCAAAGAUGAUCAAGGAUGUACACCGUUACAUUGGGCGUGUUAUAAUCAAAAUUCCGAGUGUGUUGAGUAUCUGUUACAAGAGAAUUUUGUGGAAAAUUUGGAGAGUAAUCCAUUUUCAGCGGCUCAUUGUGCAGUUCAACAGGGAUCUGUUAAAUGUUGCAAAUUACUGAUGAACAAGUUCGGAGGACAUGCAGUUGCAGCAUUAAGAGAUAGUCCAGGAGGAAGGCUCCCACUUCAUGUUGCAGCAGCUUCAGGAUCAUCAGAGUGCGUUAAAUUAAUUCUCACGUCAGUCGGACCUAAUUCGGGUGGAUUAGAGAUUCAGGAUUAUUCUGGAAGGACUCCACUACUCAGUGCAGCUUAUACAGGACAAACAGGAACAAUAGAGUUGUUACUAGAAUGGAAAGCAAAUAUUCAAGCAGUAGAUUUCGACAAUAAUACAGCCUUACACUUAGCUUGUCAAAGACAACACUCGUCCGCAGCUUCGCUGCUUCUUGACGUAAUUGUAUCUCAAGUAAACCAUAAUCAGAAUCAAAGUGAAAAGCAUGAUAAAGCUCACAGCAACAAAAGGAUUCAAAUUAUUAACAUGGUUAAUAAAAAACAGAAGACUCCGCUCCAUCUUGCAGCACGCAAUGGCCUAGUUACGGUUACAAAAAGACUUAUUGAAUUGGGUGCGAGUGUAGAUGCUGUUGAUUUUGAAGGAUUAACUCCUGCAUUAGCUUGUGCCCCAAAUGCUGCAGUUGCCAAGUGUCUAGCUAUUAUUUUAGCAGCUCAUGGAAAAAACUCUGAAUCAUCACAACAAAUACCCUCAAUACAACAAACAUCUGAGAUUUACUUAAAUGGAAUGAAUUGUCAGAGUAAUUUUGACUCAGAAUUUUACUGACAAUGACUUAGAUAUUGAAAAAGAAAAAAGAUGGUAAUAUUUAUUGAGGCUUUAAUCAAUGGAUAUCUUAAAAUUAUUUUUUAGAUAUUUAAGAUUCAAUUGUGAGUAAAAAUAAUUUAACAACGCGUAUGAAAAAAUUUUGUUCCCCAAACGUUUCAGCUUUCUUCUUUUCUUUUAAAUUUUUUCUCUCUGUUCCAAACAUAAUUCACACGGUUUCUACUUGCAAAAUCAAUAUAAAUAAGAAAGUUGAUGAAAUAAAGAUAUAUUAGUGUAACUUGGUUUUUUGCUAAUAACUCGGGAUCUAUUAGGCCUAUGUAGAAAAUAAGCAUAUCAAUGGA